UACCCGGAUCGCUUCGUGGGAGAACCUUCACCGCGCAAUAUCACAGCCAGUAACUGUAGUUCUUCAAUCACCUUCCUUCUUCAGGCAAACUCUGCAGCUUAUUAAAUUCGGAAACAAAUCACACUAUAAAUCUCAAAUUCUUUUAUCAUUCUCCUCUGUUUCAUUUACCACAAUCAUCGAUAAGUUUCGGAAACAAAACCCCCAAUUUCAAUUGCUCAAAUCCCUAGACGGGACCCAAAAACUCAUUACUCAACAUGUCGCAAGAAGAUGUAGCAAUGGGAGCGAUAAAGCACGCUUUGAAAGCUCUGAGAAAGCGGCAUUUACUGGAAGAGGGCGCUCAUUCACCUGCUUUCAUCGCUCUCUCUCGCCCGAUUGUGUCUCAGGGCUCAGAGUGGAAAGAAAAAGCUGAAAAUCUUGAAGUGGAGCUCCAGCAGUGUUACAAAGCUCAAUCUCGACUAUCAGAACAACUUGUGGUGGAAGUAGCUGAAUCCAGAACUUCAAAAGCUUUAAUACAAGAGAAAGAAUGCAUGAUAUCUGAGUUGCAAAAUGAGCUUAGUCAAGCAAGGGAUGAAUGCUCCCGUUUAGCUGUGCAGUUAGAAGAAAAGACCAAGGCCCUAGAAUUAUUGAUAAGCGAACACCAGGAUCUUAAAGGACAACUUGAAGCAACCGUUCUUAGAGCAAACAAUGCGGAGGCCGAAAACAAGAUGCUAAUCGACCGUUGGAUGUUAGAGAAAAUGAAAGAUGCCGAACGCCUGAAUGAGGCAAAUGCUAUUUAUGAGGACAUGCUUGAUCGUGUCAAAGGAAGCAGCAUACAACUUCUAGCCCGUCAACAAGUUGAUGGUGUAGUCCGCCAAAGUGAAGAAGGUGCGGAGUAUUAUGUUGAGUCAACCAUUCCGACUAUAUGCAAACAGAGAAUCCCUGCCCAUGAAGGUGGCUGUGCCUCUGUACUGUUCGAGUAUAAUUCCAGUAAAUUGGUUAGCGGAGGACAGGACAAAACAGUUAAAAUGUGGGACACACACACAGGGUCACUAAGUCGCACCCUUUAUGGUUGUCUUGGCUCUGUUCUUGAUGUCUGCAUUACACAUGAUAACAAAUCUGUUAUUGCAGCCAGUAGUGCAAACAAUUUGUAUGUAUGGGAUGUAAGUUCUGGUCGGGUGCGACACACUCUCACUGGCCAUGUGGAUAAAGUCUGUGCAGUGGAUGUCAGCAAGGUGUCCAAUCGAAACGUUGUGAGUGCUGCUUAUGACCGCACGAUAAAGGUCUGGGAUCUGCAGAAAGGCUACUGUGUAAACACUCUUAUAUUCCACAGCAAUUGCAAUGCCCUUUGUUUUAGCAUGGAUGGGCAGACCAUUUGUUCUGGCCAUGUAGACGGGAAUCUCCGACUAUGGGAUAUUCAGACGGGAAAACUUCUGAGUGAGGUUGCAGCACAUUCUUUUGCUGUUACAUCUCUAUCCUUGUCCAGAAAUGGAAAUGUAAUUUUGUCGAGUGGGAGGGACAACUUACAUAAUUUAUUUGAUAUGCGUACCCUUGAAAUCUGUGCCACACUGAGAGGCAACGGAAACAGAGUGGCAUCUAAUUGGAGCAGAUCUUGCAUAAGUCCUGAUGAUGGUUACGUUGCUGCUGGAUCGGCUGAUGGGUCUGUACAUAUCUGGUCAGUAACAAAUGCCAAAGUAGUAAGCACUCUAAAGGAGCACACCUCUCCGGUGUUAUGCUGUUCGUGGAGUAAUCUUGGGAAACCUUUGGCUACCUCAGACAAGAAUGGCAACAUUUGUGUUUGGUCUUGACUCGUGAUCGGUUCUCCUGAUCUGCUGUUCAUCAUGCGGACAUCCUUUGUCUAGUUGGUUGAUAUGACGGGCAUGAAUGAUGGAUCAGUUUCAUCGAAGAUCAUUGGAUUGGAUUUGUGAACGGAGGUUGGUAUUGUAGGUAAUGUGGUUAUAAUUUAUUGAUUUCUGGGGGCAGUUUGAAGUUGAGAUUA